UGUCUUUGUUCUUCAUUGGAAGUUAUUUGGGUUGAGAAAUUACAGGUGCUGAUUGUGUGGUGUAAUAUUGAACGUGUAUUGUAAAAAGUUGAUAUCCAUAAACACCUAACGAAUAAUAUAUUUUUGUCAACAUUACUUACUACUUCCCUAGCAUAUGUAGGGUCAGCAUUUUGCGUAAAUCAACAGUUUUCUUUAAAGUUUGAGCAGUUCAAGUGUUACAAGUAACGUGUUCAAACAUGAGUGAUAUUCAACAGCCGUCAAGCUCAAGAAAGCAUUCUCCCACAAAUACAAGCGGCAGUAAACUUGCUACCGAUCCGCCUAUGCUCAAUCUUGAAGAGGCGGAGGAAGAUCGCAAGCAUAUGCAAAAAAUUGUAGCGGCCUUGCGUUAUUAUCAAAAAUAUUGCUAUGCGCGCGUAAACAAGACUGAAAGCUACCUCAAUAGUCUUCCCAAACGUCAUCAGGAUAUGUUGGUUAAAUAUCGCAAUCAUUUGCGUGUGAUAAGAGACUGCAUUGAUGAAAAUCAAAAGGUCAUUAAGAAAAUGUUGCGUGACAAUGUUGGAUUUAUGGAUAUGGGUGGAUCUGAUUAUUUGAUACAGCAGGACAGUGAUGGCCAUACUACAAAAAUAAGGCAUCAAGAUAUGGAACACGCAACAGAGCAAGCUGAUGUUGAACCUUUUAAAAUUUUAAAGGCCCAAUCGACAUUAAAAUUAAUUGCGCGCGAUUGGAGUACAGCCUGCGCAGAGGAACGUGAGCAGUCAUACAAACCAAUCAUCGACGCGGUUGAGGAAUUCUUCAAGCCUGGCGAAUUUGAACUCAACGAGAUAAAAAUUCUUGUGCCUGGCGCCGGACUUGGCCGUCUAACCUACGAGCUUGCCUGCCGCGGUUAUGAAUGUGAAGGCAAUGAAUUUUCAUAUUUCAUGUUAAUUGCCUCAUAUUUUGUCUUAAAUCUUUGCACUGAGGAAAAUAAAUACACACUCUACCCCUGGGUGCAUCAAUAUGUAAAUAAUUUGCGCAUGGCCGACCAGGUGGCGCCUAUACGCUUUCCCGAUAUUUGUCCGGCGAAAAAUCCACCGAAGGGCAAUAUAAUGAUAGCGGCGGGCGAUUUCUUGGAGGUCUACAAAACGCCAAACUGCUAUGAUUGUGUCGCGACAUGCUUCUUUAUUGACUGUGGCAAUAAUAUUGUGGACUUUAUUGAAGCUAUUUUUAGAAUAUUAAAACCCGGCGGUAUUUGGGUAAAUUUGGGUCCACUACUCUACCAUUUCAGCGAUAUACAAGGUGAAAAUAGUAUUGAACCAACUUUCGAGAACCUGGAGUUAAUCAUAAAAAUGGUUGGUUUUGAAUUUCUGCGUUGCCAGACUGGUAUGCGCACCAAAUAUGCACAGAAUCCACAGUCUAUGCUAAAAAGUGAAUACGAAAGUUUGUUUUGGGUUUGUCGAAAACCAGAAAAUGCAAUCGACAACACCGACGAUUUGUCGCAACGCGACGAUGAUAUAGAUGAGUCCGGCUGUGGCGGUAAUAGCAGUAGCAACACAAAUAAUCACUAUGUAGAUAUAUACAGCAAUGGCUAUAAAAAUGCUUACCAGCAUCAAUAGCACUGUUAGGUUUUGCAGCUGUUAAGUAGCAGAGACGACAAAUUAUGCAGGGUACUAGCUUGCCUAAUAAUUAGUUAUUAGUUAUUUUGCAAUUAUAGAAUUUCUUUUUAAACAGACUUACAGUUAUAUACAUAUAAAUCGGAAACAUAUCUUCCGACAAUAUAAUAGAUUUAAACAAAAUGUUAGAAUGGCUAUGAGUUCUUACAACUGCCAAUUAGAGGAAAUAACUACCAAUACUUGUAGGCUCUCUUCUAGGCGGAUUGAACAAAUAAAUUUGAUUUCUCGAACAUGAAGUUUUUAAGUUCUUUUAAACUGUACACGGUACAAAUGCAUAGUUAUCACACCAACGUAAUAAAGUUGUAGUUAUUUAAGCAAAGUAUUAACAAUAUGAAGUAUAUAUUUUCGUUUCAAUUUUUAUUUGGCAGACGGAUGCCGAAAAACUAAUAAUACUAGUUUUGGAAAAAUGAUAAGAUAACAUUUUUACUGCGAACUAUUGAAAAGGAUUUGUAAUUUUCUGUUUUUU